CACGUGCUCCAGGUAUUCCUCGCUCCUCUUCACGCCAAGGAAUACAGACAGUCUCUUCGCCUCCCGCACUGGAUUCUUGAAGAUGAACGUAGUUCGGAUCUUUGACGAUGGGGGAGACGGGGCGUCGUUCCUGGAGACAGACGGACAGGUGCUGCCCAAUGGCGACAUCAACGCCUUCCGUAACCUCGCAAGUGUCAACGUGCGUAGCGACGACAUCAUUGUAUCAGCGUACCCAAAGGCAGGAUCCCAUUGGGUGACGGAGAUAAUCCACUUCCUGUUAGCCGGAAGUGUUGACGUCGAUGACUUCCAGAAGAUGGUCACCAUGAUUGACAGUUCGCCCGAGACAGCAUACCGAGACCUCCCCUCGCCCAGAAUUCUAAACACGCACCUGCGCCUUGAACAACUUCCGGCGGAUGUGCUUAAGAAGAAGGUGAAGCUGAUUUGUGUACUCCGGAACCCUUUGGACGUUGCUGUGUCGUACUUCAACUUCCUGCGCGUUCUCACCUUCUGCGACUACAGCGGGAAGUGGGGUAACUUCUGUAGGCCGUACUUCAACGGGAAAUUUUGUUAUGGGUCGUGGUUUGACCAUACCCGGCAUUGGGAGGAGGUUAAAAGGGCCAAUCCUGACCACCCCAUUCUUACCCUGGUCUAUGAGGACUUUAAAGAGAAUCCCGUGAGGGAGGCCGUGAAAUUGCGAGAUUUUCUUGGUCUGGCGAGAUCUGAUGAGUUCGUGAGGCAGGUGUGUGAGCACUGCCAUUUCGAUUCAAUGCAGAAACGAAAGGCAACAACGGAAAUGGGGAAAUAUGCCUUCAGGAAAGGUAAAGUGGGUGACUGGAAGAACUGGUUCACUGUGGCACAGAAAGAGUGGUUUGAUCAGCUCUACCAGGAGAAGAUGGCGGACAUCCCAAUAAAAUUCAGAUACACACUAGAUGACUGAGGUACCGGUCAUCCUAUUAACUUACGUCUCAUGUUAUCCAGAGAAGAUACCUGACACAAGGAGGAAUAGUAUUGCUGAUGACAUGAUAGAGAUUUGUUAAAUGCUGCUGAUACAGUUGGCUCAACAAUGGGUUCACAUUUAGAAAAUCUUGUCCUCAGUUUUAUAUGUUAACAAUCACUGACAUGAAAAUGUACAGUGUUACUUUUUACUGUUCAGACAUUGGUGUCCAAAGCUAGUGAAGACCUGGUUCCUAUAAAACUACUUUGUCAUAGAUGGGAAAUAUUUCUCCAAAGGGAUUGUUCAGAAUGUUUGACCUUCAGAUCAAUAAAAUUCUUUUCCAUUGUUCA